ACUACAACAAGUAUGGCUGCCGUACUUCAUGCGGAUAACGUUAUUUUACAAUCAACGUUAGAAAUCAACCACAAACCGCAUUUAGUGACUUUAACUCACAGUCAACUAAUCACUGAAGGUGUCUCACAAGUAUCCACGUCUCACGGCCGAAAUUAUGAACCAUUUAUCAGAGAGAGUAGCGAUGUUUUAGAGUUGACAGAAGUACUUGGUGUACGUUUAGAAAAUAACUCAUCAUGUGCAACAGAAGGGGCCAGAGUAAAAGACCCAUCCAAGGGUUAUAUGGUGAUGGAGAUGAUGCCAUUACAGAUGAAUAUAUUUACAAUAUAUUAUUUAACUAAAGUCAAUAAACACAGGUGGCGCUACAAGGAUAUAUCAAUAAUCUGUAAGGAUCAAUCAACCUGUCAACUCUGGGUGGACAGUAUACGCAGAAUUCUUGCCAAUAUGGAUCAAGAGAGACCAAAACGUUUACUUGUUUUUAUAAAUCCUAUUGGUGGUAAAAAACGUGCCAACAAGAUUUACAGUGAAAAGGUUGCCCCAAUCUUUGAUAUAGCCGGCAUUUAUACAGAAGUUAUAGUCACUAAAAGACAGUAUCAUGCUAGAGAUGUUUUAUUAGAUCAUGAUCUCAGUAAAUUUGAUGGUGUUAUAUCAGUGGGUGGUGAUGGGACAUUCUCUGAAAUAUUGAAUGGUCUGCUGGACAGAUCAAUGAGGGAUGCUGGUAUAGCUCAAACACCGCUCAGUGAUCCUGUUAGUCCCAGACUUCCAGUUGGUAUUAUUCCUGCAGGUUCAACAGAUAGUAUAGUUUAUACAACAGAAGGGAUCAAUGACCCUGUUACCUGUGCUGUUAAUAUUGUAUUAGGUAAUACCUUAGGAUUAGAUGUCUCGGCUGUACAUCAAAGGGGUGAAUUUCUUAAAUAUAGUGUUUCUUUCCUUGGUUAUGGUUACUAUGGUGAUUUGGUUGCCGAUAGUGAAAGGUUACGAUGGAUGGGACCAAAACGCUACAACUGGUGUGGUUUCAAGAAAUUUCUUUCAAAAAAUUCUUAUGAAGGUGAAGUCUCGUUUAUUGCUUCGACAGAUCCUUCACAUCACCCAAGAGAUGGAGUUCGAUGUCUAAAAGGGUGUCGAGUAUGUAAAAAAGCUGGUGAAAGUAAAAGUAAACCUGGAGAAAAAUCUACGAUGUUAAAGACAAAAAAUGAAAAUUGGCAGAAAGUUUGUGGGCGAUUUAUUUGUAUUAAUUCUCACACAAUGAGUUGUCGAUGUGCCUUGAGUCCAGAAGGCGCCUCCCCAUCAUCUCAUAUAGGUGACGGCUGCGCUGAUCUGAUUCUUAUAUCCAACUGUUCACGAGUUAAUUACUUCCGUCAUUUGUACAGGUCGGCCGACAGAACAUCUGACCAGUUUGAUUUUAAUUUUAUACAAGUUUUCCGAGUAAAAGAAUUUAAAUUUGAGCCAAUAUCCAAGGAGGAUACUGCUGAUGACAAAACCAUGACAAGAAAUAAAGAAGGCCGAUCUCAACUACGAUCUCCAACUAUUAAAAAUAGUGUCUGGAACUGUGAUGGAGAAAUACUGGAUCAUCCAAGUCUACAUGUCAAAGUACAUUGUCAGCUUAUUAAGUUAUUUGGGGGUGGUAUUGAAGAUUCUGGUAAAGAGGAUGUUAUUCAAUGCCCUCCGUGCUGUUCUCGCAGUGGUAGAUGAAAUAUUUCAAGUUAAAGAACAUGGAUGUUCCGUCGAACGAGAAUUUAAGCAAUGUGAUUUAUGUUUUGACAGCAUCAAUAUCAUCCUCAAGAUCAUCACAUAUAGAAACUUGAUCAAACCCGAUGCUGUCAAUAAUGUGACACAAGCUUUUUGACUUUUAUCAAAUGAAUGCAUUAUCUGUGUUGACUUAGCUGAUAUCAUGAAAUAAUAUUCCGGUCUGGUUUGAUAUGAAGCAAGGUUGUGAAACGUCUAUUUAAAAAUUUAUUGUGAUACUUAAAAUUUAUAUCAAACCUUAGUGUAGAGUUAUGAUAAUAGGACUGACCUCCAGAAUAAAUAUAUCGAAUCAAGAAUUAUUAUAAUACAUGUACAUAAGUGCUGUCUUCAGAAUAAUUGUAUCGAAUCAGAGAUGAUUAUAAUACAUGAACGCUAGUGCUGGCCUCCAGAAUAAUUCCUUCAAAUCAAGCAUCAUUAUAAUACAUGUGCGCUAGUGCUGGACUCAAGGAUAAUUCCUUCAAAUCAAGCAUCAUUAUAAAACAUGUACGCUAGUGCUGGACUUCCCAAUAACAGUUAUAGGAAGCAUCAAUUUGCAGAACAAAGAAAAGGAUAAAGUCAGAAAAACACAGUUAGUGCUCUAAUAGACAAUGGGACAGAACUGCACAACAAGGCACAUGGAACAAACUAUAAUAGAAGACAGCAACUUUCUAAACACAUUUUCUAGUGCUAUUUACCGGGUGUACCGUAAGUUUGUAUUCCAGGGCUCUUGUUAUAAUCACAUUUGUCGGUCUUGACUGAUUGGCAGUGAAAUUGACCAAAUGUCUGUCAGGCAAUUUGCAUACAAUAAGGUUAAAUAUUUCAAAGAAUUUGCUCUUAAAUCACAAUAAAUACAGUUGAUUUUGUAUGUGGAAAAAAAUGUAAUAAUGUUGAAUAUUAUCAAAUUCUUUGUAAUAGAAAAAAUAUCUUGCUAAUCCCAGGUAAAUAAAAUUUAACCGGGUGGCUAAAUUUUAAUGUAAACACCCAGGUGUAUACCUGGAAUUUAUUAUAAAUUAUUAAUUGUAAGUUAAACUUUAUAAUCAGCGUUGAAGUACUUGUAAAUUUGACAGAUCUUCAGACCAAUGAUCUUUCAAAAUCAAAUUAAUGUUGUAAAUUACAUGUUGAGUGACACUUUAAUAGCAACAAUCACUGCAUGUUUAUGCUUUUGUUUCUGGGUGCAUCUGUAUUUGUGUGGUAUAGAAUACUAAGAACAAGAAAACUUUUGUCAUAUUAAUUCCCUGUAUGAUGAAUUCAGGUGCAGCAUUCCCCACAUUCACUAAAGUUAAACUUUAUUAAAAUAGAAAUCAAGUUAAAAUAUGUUGAGACGACAACUGACAAUAAACACUGUACCAGUUUUAAUUAUCAAACAUGAACAGUUGUAAAAAAAAAUGAGAAAAUGAAGAAAUAACUAAAAUAAAAAUGGGUUCUAAUAGUCCAAAGUUUUCUUGCUUAACAGUAGCUGUUUUAAAAUUAUUUACAACCUAUUCUGUACUAGGGCUCACAUUUCAGUCUUAUUUACCUGUCUUGACUGACUGGCAGUGACUAGAGUUAAUCAUCUCCAGUGGUCUUAUUCCGCUACACUCCACUAUACCCUGGGUUCAUCCAUUCAAAUUAUCUGCCCUUGACAUUGUGCUAUUUUUAUGGACCAAUACACUCGAUAGCAUAACAACUUGCCACUGCCUGUUUUGAUUGACAUAAAACAUCAUUUCCAUUAAAAAGAUGUUUUAGGAGAUCUUUUUGUGUGCAUGUCACUUCUUUUAUAUUAAAUUUCUUGCAAACUUUCAAGCCGCCAUAUAUUACUCUGAAUGUAAACAAUGAGGCCAAGACUGGUUUGUAAACUGUUUUAUGAUUGGUUUAAAGAAACAAGCUACAAUCAAGGGCAGAUAAUGUGAAUAUCCCAUGCAUGAACUCAGGAUAUAGUAGAACGGAAUGAGACCACUGGGGAUACCGAGGAUGGGAGUUAAUUUACGUGCCAUAAUAUUAGAAUUUCAAAGAAUUUAUAACAUUUGAGUUCAAUCAAUAGAGUUUUUUUAUUUGUAAAAACACUUACAAAUAUAUAUAAAACAAUUAGGAUAAUGAUAUAAAUUGUCUUAUUCUUUAGAAAAUAUAUCAUGCUAAUCCGCGGAGAACAAAAUUUGUCAAAAACUGUCUGACUGACUGGUAAAAUUUUGAAGUGAUAGCCCUAUGUCUAUAGAAAGAUUAUAACAGGACCAAUCAGCUGUAUAGAUAUUUUUAUUGUAUUUUUUAUAAAGUUUUAUUUGUGUAUUUUAUUUCUUAGUAGGACGUUAAACCCCAUUUCAUUUCAUUUCAUUUUAUAUCUAAUCAAGUUUUCUACACUCAGAAUAUUUAAUUAGGGCUAGAAUAUGCACAGGUCUUAUUUGUGCUCAAAUUUUCUAUAUUUUGUUUUAAAAAUUGUCAUUUUUCGGACAAUGUCUAAUUUUUUCGUUUCACAGCUUUAUUCAUGGUAUGCAAAUUAAUUAAGAAAGUCAAAUCAAAAUAUCAAUGGUGGAUAAUUUCAAUCGAAUUAAAGAGAGGCCUAUCAAAAUAUUUUCCCCAAAACCCAUUGGUUGGGCUGCCUUGUUUAUAUCACCUGAAGAGAAUGCUAAAUGUUAGGAAAUUUUUAUAAAAUAUCUUUGUAACUAAUGAAUGAAAUUUAACCAUUUUUGAAAGAUAACUUUUUAGAGAUUCAACUUUCACAAAGAAUUCAAAAUUUUCAUUUCAAAUGACAAUCAACAGCUAUAAAUUAUAAUAUUUGGGUAAUACUAAUCAGUUUCUAUAUAAUAUUUGAUAAGAAAUAGAGUAUACAAAGGCAUUAUUAUUUUAGAAAUAAGCUCAGAGUUUCUUUUACUUAUAAAACAAAGUUUAUCCCAUUAAUUGUGUAAAAUUUUGGUAAUAACUAAAUGUACCAAAAUAAUUAAGUAGAUCUAAUAUAGUGCUCUGGGGCUUUGUUUACUAAUACUUACCUAAAAUAUUUUAAGAAUGCAGUCUUUUCAUUGGCUAAGAACUGCAAUUUGUAUUAUAAUUUUAAGUCUCAGCCAAUGAUAUUGCAUAAUCCUUAAAAUAUUUUGGUUUUCGUGAUUUCAUGAGGUAAACAUUUGGUUCAGGGAAUUUUUAAAUUAUUAUUGCCUCCAUUAUUUGUUUUAUUUUUUUGUCUUGUGCUUUUUUGGUUUCAUUUGUUGAUAAUGGAAUUGUUUUAUAAGAUUUGCAACCCUUUAACUUUGAUAUUUUAAGCUCUUUUUAGCUCUUCAGUUUUGUAUUUGUUUCUAGCACUGUACAUGUGAUUCGAGAUGUAGUUGUUGUAGACAGUAUGUGUACAAAUUACAGAUUUUAAAUUCAUUAUAAAUUAUCUUUAAGAUCAUCUUGUUCUAUUAUGAAUUAAUUUUCUCUUGACUGCAGUUGUCUAUAAUAUAAAGAAUUCUUCCAUUUUUAAUGCUGUGUAGAUUAAAUGUGAAUGUUCAGCUAUGUUUACAUCUUACCUUAUUGAUUUAAAGUUGGCAUAUUUCUAUACUUUAUUGUAAAUGUGAAUGUUUAGCUAGGCUUUUUACAUAUUAUUCGAUUUAAGUUUUUGUAUUUCUAUACUACUUUAAGAAUAUUUUGACGUGUGAUAAAUUUCCUUGAUCAUUUACUGAA